AUGUUUGAAUUAAAAAGGAAUUUAAUUAGUAGUAUAUUACAAGCAUCAAUAUUAUUAUAUUGUACAAUCUUAUCUACAUUUGUUUAUCAGACAAUUGGUGGUUAUAUAUAUGCAAAUAACAAUUUAAUGGAUAGAUUAACAUUUACAAAACCAUGUCCAGAAGAUGAUUAUCGAUUUCAUAAUGCUACUGGAAAUUUUUUAUGUGUCGUACCAACAGCAAAAUUAUGUUUUAAAUUAUGUCAAAAAUUUGGUUGUACUGAAUGGUAUUAUAUGAGUUUUAUACCAUCAGGAAGUAAUGAAAUAAAAGAUUAUCAUCGUUGUCGAUGUUUCCCGGAAUAUCGUUUUUGUUUUUAUAAUGCUGUACCUAGACGAUAUCGUAAUUUUGAUUGAAUAGAAUCUUUUUUUUGUUUUUUUUUCUUUUUUGUUUUUUCCUCUUUCUUUUUUCCCCUCUUUUUAUUUAUCUUUGAAACUAGAAACUUCAAUGGCCAAUUCACUAUCUCUAUUCGAUAUUUUUGUUGUUGUUGUUGUUUUUGUUGUUUAUUCUAGAUUGAUUUUUCAUUGAAUUGAACUCGUUUACACUAUUGAUUUUUUUUUUAAUAUCAGCAUAAUAUUGUAUAUUUUCAACUUAUUUUUAGU